AUGAAGAUGAAGUCCAUCACUCCCGGCCCGAUUUCCACACGGAUAUUUACCGGCGAGAUUCUCACGUUAUCGAUAUCAACGUUGCUUACCGACACCAUGUCCAUUCCAUCUACUGCCCGCCAUUAUAGCGUCCAAAAGGCAGGUUCGCUUGAUGGACUGAAGCUCGUCGAAGCGCCGGUUCCGAAACUGAAAUCGACGGAGGUCCUGGUCAAAGUGAAAGCCGUCUCUCUCCAGUAUCGCGACCUCCUCGUUGUGAAUGGAUACUAUCCACCCCCGAUAGCCGAGAAUGUCGUUCCCUGCUCAGACAUGGCCGGCGAGGUCGUCGCGGUGGGCGAGGACGUCACAAAGUGGAAGGCCGGCGAUCGUGUGGCGAACAACUUCUUCUUGGACCUCAUCUACCCCGACGGAAUGACCCCAGCGGUGUCGAGCAGCGCAGCAGGUGGUGCGGCCCACGGCGUCUUGACCGAAUACCGCGCGUUCCCAGCCCAUGCACUCGUGGAGAUCCCCGGCCAUUUGUCGUGGGAAGAAGCGGCGACCCUGCCCUGCGCGGCCCUUACCGCCUAUAACGCGCUAGUCUAUGGCUACGAGCGCAUCAAGGCCGGGGAUACAGUGCUUAUCCAAGGGACGGGCGGAGUAUCAAUCUUCGCGUUGCAGUUCGCCGUGGCCUCCGGCGCCACGGCUAUCGUUUUGUCCUCAUCUGACGAGAAACUCGCGGCGGUGACCAAGCUCGGCGCAAAACAUGUUUUGAACUACAAGACGACCCCGGACUGGGAGCAGGACGUUCUCAAGCUCACGGGCGGGCGUGGGGUCGAUCGCGUCAUCGAGGUCGUGGGCAACGCAACCCUCGCCAAAUCGAUUGCCGCCGUCAGGAUGGGUGGCAGCAUCGAUAUCAUUGGGUUGCUUGGAGGCGUGGGGAACGUGACGCCACCGGACAUCAUCGGCCCGAGCCUCUGGAAGCAGCUCAAAUUCCGCGGGAUCUACGUUGGCGCGGUCUCGCAAUUCGAAGACAUGAACCGCGUUUUUGUCGCCAAUCCGGAGACCACCCGUCCUAUCGUGGACAAGGUGUUUGCGUUUGAUGACGCAAACGAUGCCUUCUCCUAUCUAAAUAGUCAGAAGCACGUGGGGAAAGUGGUUAUCCGUGUGAACCAGUAG